AUGGCUACCUGCGAACAAUUUGUGUUGAUGGUCCGUGGACAGCGGCUACCGUUCUCCGGCGCUGGUGAAGAUGCCGAGUCUAACGAGUUUAUCUUCGGCGGACUGCACAGGAUCGGAAAAAGAGCCGUCACCCGAGCCGAGUCAUGGGCAUUACGGCUACAGCCGUACAAUUUUGAAGUAUGCAGUAUUCCAGGGGAAACUAACGUAGCGGAUGCGUUGUCGAGAUUGGUCAAACAGUCCCAAGCAACUGAGUCUUUCGAUGAUAAAGCAGACGAGAAACAUUUGCUGUACUACAUCGACACGGGUGCAAUGGAGAUCUGUUGGAACGAGAUAGAGCUCUUCUCGGAAGACGAUCAGGAAUUGACGAGAGUCAGGAGUGCAAUUGAAGCAGAUCAAUGGGAAACUGGAUUAAGAAAGUAUGAAUCUGAGGCAAAAGAAUUAACAGUCAUGGGAAGCAUGGUAUUCAAAGGUGAUAAAGUUGUUCUUCCUGAAGCCUUGAGGACUAAGGCCAUUAAGUCCGCGCAUCAGGGCCACAUGGGAAUUGGAUCGACCAAGAGAAUCCUACGGCAGCAUUUCUGGUGGCCAGGCAUAAGUACAGCUGCGGAGGCGUACAUCAAAAACUGCGAAACCUGCCUAUUGCUUUCAAAAAAGAAUCCACCGCUUCCUUUGACCAGUAGAGUACUCCCGAACGGUCCAUGGGAGGUACUACAAAUUGAUUUUUUUACUGAUAACCAGUUUGGAUUCGGAGAAUUUCUUGUGGUAGUAGACACCUACUCCCGUUAUUUGCACGUCUUGGAAAUGCGCCACAUAGAUGCUGACUCCACCAUCGACGCCCUCAACAAAAUAUUCGCUGUUUGGGGCUACCCGCUAGUUCUACAAAGCGACAACGGUCCUCCUUUCCAGAGCGACAGAUUCGUGGAGACCUGGGAGAAUAGGGGCGUGAAGAUUCGAAAGUCCAUCCCCCUAAGCCCGCAAUCGAAUGGCGCUGUUGAGCGCCAGAACGAAGGAAUUAAGAAAGCGCUGGCAGCCUCAAGAUUAGAUAAUACCAACUGGAAAAUUGCUCUGAACAACUAUGUCCAUAUGCACAACAAAAUUCGCCCCCUCACAAGACUCGGAGUAACCCCAUUCGAGCUACUCGUGGGCUGGAAACAUAGGGGUACUUUUCCUGCCCUGUGGAAAACCGAUAACCAUAAUAUAGUCGACCGUGACGAUAUUAGGGAGAAAGAUGCAUUUUCAAAGCUCGACAGUAAGAAACAUGCGGAUUUUCGGAGGGGAGCAAAGUUUUCCGAUCUCACAGUUGGUGACAAGGUGGUCCUGGCACAUAUGAAACGGAGCAAAUCAGAUCCUACUUUUGGAUCAGAAAAGUUUACGGUCAUAGCUCGAGAUGGGGCCAAAUUAGUCGUUCAAAGCGACCGCGGCGUCAUAUAUUCUCGAAAUGUAGCAGACGCCAAAAGGGCAAUCGAUAACUGCGAUAUCUCUGAAGAACAAAGCUCACGAAACCAAAAUGUAAUGGAGAGAAACGAAACUCAUGUACCUGAUGAACUGUACCCAGAUCGAGUGAACAUCCGUGACGGAUUACAAGAGCAGACCGAACAUAGCGAAACCAGCUGUUCUAAUAAUGCGAAAUCCUCUUCCAAACAAGGAAUACAGAAACGGCUCGAAAAUGAGAACUCCACUAGACAGCACCCCAGACGAGAGAGAAGAAUUCCGACAAAGCUAAAAGAUAUGGUUUUGUUCAACAUAUAUGAAUAAAGAGUAGAGGUGGGAUGAAUUGUAGGGAUUGGAUCAGUAUGAACAUAAUAAUAAUAAUAAUAAUAAUAAUAAAAAUAAUGAACAGUGAAACAUGAACUUAUAACUUGGUUUUA